AUGGAGAGGAAAGCUUUCUUAGAUCAACAACCACCUCCGGGAUAUGUGGCAGGAAUUGGUCGAGGAGCCACGGGAUUUGUAACUGGUGGAGAUUCUGGGGCUUUGGAGACUUUGAAUCAAUUUGAAAACCUGGAUAGUGAGAAUGAAAAUGAUGUUUCAGAUGUUGGUUUGUUAGCAGGUAAAACUAAAGAUGAUGAUGAAGCAGAGAAAAUCUAUGAAGAGAUUGAAAAAAGACUAAGUUCCAGACGUAGAGAUAAUCAAGUAACCAAAGUGGAAGAAGAAGACCAAUUGGAGAAUAGAUUUACUGACUUGAAACGAGCCUUGACUACUGUUAGUGAAGAUCAAUGGAAACAACUACCUGAAGCCAUUGACUUAACCAAAAGGAACAAGAGGAUGAGAUUAUUGGAGCAAUCAAGACAAAGAUUUUAUGCUACACCAGAUAACCUCAUAGCGGCUCAGUCGGGGAUAAAUACUAAUGAGAAUAAGAAGAGUCUCAUAGAUGAUUUGAUCAAUAACGAUGAUAUUGAGUUAGAUAAUCAGAUGGCAGAUAUAGAACAUAAUAGAAGCUUGUUGAGGUCAUUGAGAAACUCCAAACCAGGAAGUGCCAGUUCUUGGAUAGCUUCAGCAAGGUUAGAAGUCAAAGCUAAGAAUUUCGUUAUGGCCAGGAAAUUUAUCAAUGAAGGAUGUAAGAGAGUGCCUACCGAUGAAUCCAUAUGGUUAGAGAGUAUCAAGAUACAUCAGAACAGUACAGAUGGGAACAAACUAGCCAAAGCUAUAGUUGAUACAGCUUUAAAACAUAAGAGCACAUCGGAGAAAUUAUGGAUCAAAGCUCUUGAAUUUGAAAAUCCUGGUGAUGUGAAUUCGAAGAGAAGAAUCCUUAUGAAAGGAAUUGAGCAACUCCCUACCAACGUCAAACUCUGGCAACUAAUGAUUGAAUUACAGGAUGACGAAGAAGAUGUAAAGAAAAUGUUAACCAAAGUAAUUGAAUUAUGUCCUACAGAAUGGUCGUUCUGGUUGUCAUUGAUUAACUUGUCAGAUUAUUCAGAAGCAAAGACGAUAAUUAAUCGUGCUAGGAAGGAAAUGAAGGAUAACCAUCAAAUAUGGAUAACAGCAUUGAAACUUGAAGAAAGAGAGAAUAAUACUAUAUCUGAAGAUAAACUCAUAAAGAUGCUUUCUAAGGCCUUAAAACAAUUAGACGCUAACACAGACGAAUCCAGAAAAGUCACCAUCCGUCAAUGGCUUGACGAGGCAGCAAAAGCUGAAAAGGAAGGUUUCCUUCUAACAUGUAAAGCCAUUAUCGUUAACUGUUUAACCGAACUGUCAGAUUUCUUUGUUGAGGCCGAUUAUUAUAUCACCAAGAAAUGUUUCCAAACAGCUAAUUAUAUUUAUGAAUAUGCUCUUAGUAAGAAACCUAAGGAUAUAGUAAGUUGGAUGAAGUUUUUCAAUAUUUUCAAAUCUUUGGAAAACUUCAACGUCCAAGAUAUCUACAAAUUUUACAUUCAAGCCAUUGAGUUUAAUCCUGAACAAGAAGUUUUUCAUCUUAUGAUGGCUAAAGAUAAAUGGAAGAUCGAAGGUGAUAUACCUGGAGCUCGUAAGAUCUUGGAUACAGCUUUGGAGAAAUUUCCUGGUAAAGAAGAUGUUUGGCAUGCUAAAAUCAAAUUUGAAGUCAAGAAUAAAUGUUUUGAAAAUGCCAGAAACACCUCAGAUAAGAUGAUGGAAUCCAUAACUACACCCAGGGCCUACUUCAAACACAUUCAUUUAUUAAGAUUUUUAAAGCUUGAUGCCAUUCAAUUUUGUGAUAAGGGAUUAUCGGAAUAUCCUGAAGAAGAGAAAUUCUAUCUUCAAAAAGGACAAAUUUUGCAUCAACAAGGUAAACUUGAAGAGUCACGUGAAGUGUAUUCCAUUGGUACCAAUAAACUUCCACAAUCUAUCAACUUAUGGUUGAGUUUAAGUAGAAUUGAUGAAGAAUUAAAAAUUAUUAUUCGUGCUAGAUCAGUAUUAGAUCGAGCACUUCUUAAGAACCCAGAUAAUGACAAACUAUGGGUGGAAAAAAUAGAGUUAGAAAGAAGAAAUGGAGAUAUCAUCGCCGCACGUCAAUUUUGCAGCAAAGCUUUGAGAACAUUAAAUAAAUCUCCAUUGAUUUGGGUUGAACAUUUAACAUUGAUUCCAAAGAUGUCCCAAAGAAAAAAUGCUUUCUUAGAUGCUUUAAAUGCUACUGACAACUCACCUAUCAUCCUUAUGAACAUCGGGCUCUUUUUCUGGGUUGAUGGGAAGAUAUCCAAAGCCAAAUCAUGGUUUGAACGAGCACUCACUAAUGACAAUACUAAUGGUGAUAUAUGGGGGUGGUUAUACAAUUUUUAUUCUCAACAUGGUACCAAGGAGGAAUUACAGAAAUUUUUAAAUGAAUUCCAACAACAUGAAGAUUCCAUCAAUAGAGGAAAUACCUGGAAUAAGGUAGCUAAAAGAGUUGAAAAUUUAGAUAAGUCGCAACACGAUAUUCUUGUGGAAACAGCCGCACACUUGAAACGACAUUCCACCAUGUAA